UCUUUUUUUUUUUGGGAUCAUAUAUUUUGUCCUAGAUGAAUAGCAGCUCCCCCUCCAGCAACGAUUUCAAUCGUGGCCAAUUACUAGAAGAAAAAGCUUCUGCAUAGGUGCAGCGAUUCAUUCGGAUGAAAGAUAUUUUGGAGAGAAAGAGGACCAUAAUAUUUUCUAAAAGUUCACUUAAUUUUUUAAACCAGCAUUACAAUCCUAUCUGUCCUAAAAUAAAACGAAGGUCAAGAACAAAUGAAUCUGAAAUUCAACACAUGAAGUUAAAAAACAAAUGCGUUCGAACUUCAAUUAAGACGAUUCGCUCAUACGUAUUUUACAAUUAAUUUAAUUUAGAAAUUAAUCUUUCGUACAAAAGUAUAUAUCCAUUGAAUUUGAAAAUUAAUCUUUCGUGUGAAAAUAUAUACAUUAUUUGGUCGACAAUAAAUCUCAAUUUCAAUUUCAACUUCAAGUUUUGCAUUUGUUUACAUGCACUUCGCUCCUCCUAAUGUUUUAUGUCAAAAGAUUAAUUCUUAAUUCAAACAAAAUGGAAUACAAUAACUUAUUGCUUGCUACAAAUUCCAAACUAAAAAUGAUAUGAUUAUUCUUGAGCAUUUUCCAAAUUAACUACUACAGUGUUUUCAUCCUGGUAAACACAUCAAAAUGAUAAAUGUCAAUUCAACCAAUGUUAUCAAAAUGAAAUUUGAAAAUUUAACCCCCCAAAAAAAAAAUCAGAUUAGAAUGCUCUCACCCCGAUAUCUUUACUUUGGGCUAUUGGGCUUUUCCUAACCAAAAGAGGUUGAGUAAGUAGUUAAUAGGUAUAUAGCCCUGACUAGAUUAAAGGGUUGUUCUGAUUCAGUCUUUGAAUUAAUUUUUUUUUAUACCAAAGACUCAACCAUAUCAAUCCUUUUCGGUGGACUUUGCCACUUUGAACGACACACCCGCCAAGACUCAACCCUCCUUAGUCCUUUCCUCUUUACUCCUCUCUCUUAAAGAAGUUGCCGGAAAUCACAGGUCUCGACGGCGGCGAUGAUGAGACGAAGAGGUUUUGCUGCUGCUGCUUCUGUUUAUAUUUCUCAAUUUCAGAAAGCAUCAGGCACUAUUGCUGCUGCUACUGGUGAAUUAGCUUUUCAUUCUGCUGCUGAUGCUACGAAAUACCCAUUUGAGGGUUUCACAAAUGUGAUUAAUAACGACAUAAACAAACUGGAGGAUGCUGUGGGAUUAUACAAUGAUAUGGUCCGCAUCAAGCCUCUGCCUUCUGUUAUUCAGUUCACUCAACUCCUUGGCCGCAUCGUUAAGAUGAAGCACUAUUCUUCUGCGAUUUCCAUUUUCAAAGAUAUGUGGUUUUCGGGCAUUCCAGUUAAUGAGUACACCCUGACUAUCUUGAUUAAUUCUUACUGCCUCUUGGAACGAGCGGAUUUGGGAUUUUGUGCGCUGGGGCUUUUCUUCAAGAAUGGCAUUGUCCCCAAUGCGGCUACCUUUAGCACUUUAGUCAGGGGACUUUUUCGACAGCAUAUGAUACCCCAGGGGCAAGAAUUGUUCAUCAAGAUCAUUCGUGAAAGGUUGUGUGAACCCAAUGGGGUCAUGUUUGGAGCCGUGAUUAAUGGACUCUGCAAGGUGGGGAACACUGGCAAAGCCGUUGAACUUCUCAGAGUUAUGGUUAAAGAAGGAAGAGUUAAACCGAACGUCAUAAUUUACAGCACUGUCAUUGACAGCUUGUGCAAGAAUAAAAUGGUAGAUGAAGCUCUUGACCUUUUACAUGAGAUGGUGGAGCAGGGAAUUGCCCCAAAUGUUGUUACCUACAAUUGUUUGACCCAGGGUCUUUGCAAAUUUGGUAGAUGGAGAGAAGCUAAAGUAUUACUGACAGAGAUGAAUAAUUUUCACGUUGUACGAGAUGUUUAUACAUUUAAUAUUGUGAUUGAUGCACUAUGUAAGGAAGGAGAGGUAGAAGCUGCAGAAGAUGUAUUUAAAACCAUGAUUGAGCAAGGUGAGCGACCAGAUUGCGUGACAUAUGGUGCUUUGAUGAAUGGAUACUGUUUGCAGGGCCGAAUGGAUGAAGCAAGGAGAGUUUUUGACACCAUGGUGGGGAACACUGGCAAAGCCGUUGAACUUCUCAGAGUUAUGGUUAAAGAAGGUAGAGUUAAACCGAACGUCAUAAUUUACAGCACUGUCAUUGACAGCUUGUGCAAGAAUAAAAUGGUAGAUGAAGCUCUUAACCUUUUACAUGAGAUGGUGGAGCAGGGAAUUGCCCCAAAUGUUGUUACCUACAAUUGUUUGAUCCAGGGUCUUUGCAAUUUUGGUAGAUGGAAAGAGGUUACUAAGCUGCUGACUGAGAUGAAUGAUUUUCACAUUGUACGAGAUGUCUUUACAUUUGGUAUUGUGAUUGAUGCACUAUGUAAGGAAGGAGAGGUAGAAGCUGCAGAAGAUGUAUUUCAAACCAUGCUUAAGCAAGGUGAGAGACCAAGUUGCGUGACAUAUGGUGCUUUGAUGGAUGGAUACUGUUUGCAGGGCCGAGUGGACGAAGCAAGAAGAGUUUUUGACACCAUGGUUGCUAAUGGAGUUGUUCCGAGUGGUGUCAACUAUAAUAUAUUGAUCAAUGGAUAUUUUAAGAAGAUGAGAGCAGAUGAUGCUGUACAUCUUUUUGAAGAAAUGCAGUGUAAAGGUUUAACACCUAGCACUGAUACAUGCAAUAUAGUCUUGCAGGGAUUGUUUAGGGUGGGAAGGUCUGGUGCUGCAAGAAAAGUGUUUGACAAGAUGCUAAUGACUCCCAUAACAUCUGACUGCUACACUUACUGUGUGAUGUUGGAUGGAUUAUGCAAGGGUGGACACAUCGAGGAAGCAUUGAAUUUGUUGCGUAAGAUGGAAGUUGAAAGAGUGGAUCUCAGACAUUUAUGCAUGUACAACAUCAUUCUUCAUGGACUGUGUAAAAUUGGGAGGCUUGAUAGUGCUCGAGAUCUUUUCGAGAGCCUAUCUCUUAUAGGACUGGAUCCAGAUGUUUCAACAUAUACUACCAUGAUACAAGGGCUCUGCUCAAAAGGUUUGCUAAAGGAAGCUAAGGAGUUUCUCGCAAAGAUGGAAGAGAAUGGUUGCUUGGCAAAUAGGAUAUCAUACAAUGUUAUUGUCCAAGGACUUCUUUUGGGAGGUAAAUAUGAUGAUGCACUGGUGUAUCUUGAAGAAAUGGAUAAGAGAGGAUCCCCUCUUCAUUCACAUACCUUUUCCAUUUUAUUAAAUUCAGUUAAAGAGAGUGAAAACGAUCCUUCUCUUCUCAAGAUAAUUCAGAAGUUUGUUCCCAAUAUGAGGGAAUACAGUCAUGAAUGCAAUGAGUCAAGGCCUGUGCACAAAAGAUUAGCUAAAGGAAGCCAAGGACUUUUGCUAAAGGUGGAAGAGAAUGGUGGCUUGGCAGACAGGAUCAUGGACUUAAUCGUCGACGGACGGAAUAUUGAGAAAUUGUCUGAUGUCCAGGAGAUUGGGUCUCCGGAGGGAGAGAAUGGCGAGCCGUCCCACCUCAGUUCUAUCGACGACGAUCGACUGAAAGGGAUGACUGAUGUCAAGGGUAUUGCGUCUCCGGGCAGUACUGGGUCCCUGGAGAGACAGAAUGCCGACCCGCUGCACCUCUACGAACAAUUGGAAAAGAAACUAUCCGAGAUGCACAACGAUAUCAUCAAUCUGAAAGAUGAAGUGCGGCGAAAUCCCGAAAGAGACCGCCGUCGGUGGAUAGGUGGAAUAGGAAAUGGAAUAUGCCGUUCAAUUGAAGCUGGAUUUUUUAUUUUAGUUGCGAAAGGUGCAAUUGACUUGAUGAACGUGAUGAAGAAUUGCGUCCAAGACUGGAAAUCAAAAGGCUAUUCUCCAAUCCUCUCAUCGAAGGUGGAAGGGAAAUUUGGAACUUUCAAAAUUGGGAUUUUCAGGGGUAAACGGCGUUAUACUUGUGUGUACCAUUUAGGGAACAACUUUUUAGAGUAUUAUGCAAAUGGGAAAACUCUAGGGGAAGCAGAAGAAAAUCUCUUGACUUGUUUGGCAGAACUGUUCUCGCAGAUAAGUUCACAAAAGAAGAAAACAGGUGUCAUUGCACCAAAGCGUUUUGUUCAGAGAGUGAGAAAACAAAAUGAACUUUUCCGUGGCUACAUGCAUCAGGAUGCCCAUGAAUUUUUGAACUUCUUGCUCAAUGAACUUGUUGAUAUACUGGAGAAAGAGUCGCAAGCAGCAAAAUGUCCACCAUCUCAGGAAAGGAUUGCUAAUGGGCAGAAUAAUGGUCGGUCAAAUGGUGUCAAGGAGCCACUGGUUACCUGGGUACACAAGAAUUUUCAGGGAGUACUUACCAAUGAGACAAGGUGUCUAAGGUGUGAGACGGUCACAGCAAGGGAUGAGACAUUCUUUGACUUGAGCCUUGAUAUUGAACAGAAUAGUUCAAUCACUAGCUGUCUCAAAAACUUCAGUUCCACAGAAACCUUGAAUGCGGAGGAUAAGUUUUUCUGUGACAAGUGCAGUAGCCUGCAAGAGGCUCAAAAGAGGAUGAAGAUUAAAAAGCCACCUCAAAUUCUAGUCAUCCAUCUGAAGCGUUUCAAAUACAUGGAACAACUUGAUCCACUCUGGAAGGAUGAAUGUUCACCAGGUGUGAACUUUUGCAGAGCUGGCUCACCAGGGUCUGAUCUCUCUAUAUCUUCGCACGUCUUUAUUCUUGGUGUGUUGACGACGGCGACGAUGAUGAAACGGAGAGCUUUUGCUGCUGUUAUUUCUGCUUUUCAAUUUGGGAAAGCAUCGGGUACUACCGUUGGCGUUUCGCUUGUCUCUCAAAACCGAUACAGGAAAUCCAAAUUAGUUUUCUAUUCUUCUGCUGCUGUUACUGAUCCUAUGAAAUACCCACCUGGAUAUUUGACAAAUAUGAGUAAUAAUGAGAUCAAUAAUCUGGAAGAUGCUGUGGGAUUGUACAAUGACAUGGUCCGGAUGAGGCCUCUGCCUUGUGUUGCUCUCUUCAAUCUACUCCUUGACCGCAUUGUUAAGAUGAACCACUAUUCUUCUGCGAUUUCAGUUUUCAAAGAUAUGUGGUUUUUGGGCAUUCCAGUUGAUGAGUACACCCUGACUAUCUUGAUUAAUUCUUACUGCCUCUUGGAACGAACGGAUUUGGGAUUUUGUGCGCUGGGGCUUUUCUUCAAGAAUGGCAUUGCCCCCACUGUGGCCACCUUUGGCACUUUACUCAGGGGACUCUUGCGACAGCACAUGAUUUCUCAGGCGCAAGAAUUGUUCAUCAAAAUCAUUCAAGAAAAGCUGUGUGAAUCCAAUGUGGUUAUAUUUGGAACUAUAAUCAGUGGACUCUGCAAGGCAGGCAGCACUAGUAAAGCCAUUGAAUUUCUCAGAGUAAUGGGUAAAGAAGGAAGAGUUAAACCGAAUGCCAUAAUUUACAACACUAUCAUUGACAGCUUGUGCAAGGAUAAAAUGGUAGAUAAAGCUUUUGACCUUCUACAUGAGAUGGUGGAGAAGGGAAUUGCCCCAGAUGUUGUUACCUACAAUUGUUUGAUCCAGGGUCUUUGCAAUCUUGGUAGAUGGAGAGAAGCUAAGGUAUUACUGACUCAAAUGAAGGAUUUUCACAUUCAUCUAAAUGUUAUCACCUAUAGUAUUGUCAUUGAUGCGCUAUGCAAGGAAGGAGAGGUAGAAGCUGCGGAAGAUGUAUUUCAAACCAUGAUUGAGCAAGGUGAGCGACCAAAUUGCGUGACAUAUGGAGCUUUGAUGGAUGGAUACUGUUUGCAGGGCCGAAUGGAUGAAGCAAGGGGAGUUUUUGACACCAUGGUUGCCAAUGGAGUUGUUCCAAGUGGUGUCAACUAUAAUAUAUUGAUCAACGGAUAUUUUAAGAAGACGAGAGUAGAUGAUGCUCUACAUCUUUUUGAAGAAAUGCAGUGUAAAGGUUUAACACCUAGCACUGAUACAUGCAAUACAGUCUUGCAGGGAUUGUUUAGGGUGGGAAGGUCUGGUGCUGCAAGAAAAGUGUUUGAUGAGAUGCAAACGACUAACAUAAUGUCUGACUUCUACACUUACUGUGUGAUGUUGGAUGGAUUAUGCAAGGGUGGACACAUUGAGGAAGCACUGGAUUUGUUCCACAAGGUGGAAGUUGAAAGAGCGGAUCUCAGACAUGUAUGCAUGUACAACAUCAUUCUUCAUGGACUGUGUAAAAUUGGGAGGCUUGAUAGUGCUCGAGAUCUUUUCGAGAGCCUAUCUCUUAAAGGACUGGAUCCAGAUGUUUCAACAUAUACUACCAUGAUACAAGGGCUCUGCUCAAAAGGUUUGCUAAAGGAAGCUAAGGAGUUUCUCGCAAAGAUGGAAGAGAGUGGUUGCUCGGAAGAUAGGAUCACGUACAAUGUUAUCGUCCGAGUUUUUCUUUUGGGAGGUAAAUAUGAUGAUGCACUGGUGUAUCUUGAAGAAAUGGAUAAGAGAGGAUUCCCUCUUCAUUCACAUACCUUUUCCAUUUUAUUAAAUUCAGUUAAAGAGAGUGAAAACGAUCCUUCUCUUCUCAAGAUAAUUCAGAAGUUUGUUCCCAAUAUGAGGGAAUAA